AUGUUGCACGAGUUGGAAAUGUCACGAUAUAGCCUGUUAAACAGACCGCAGAGCCCCACAAAAGGUGACACAAAUGUCGCCUUUCUGGAUGGCAACGAUGAAGAUGAAGGAUAUACAUUGGAGGAAAGAGAUAUCCAGAAGCUAUUCUAUCCACGGCAUCUAACUGUAGUUCUUGUUCCCGGGAUAUUGCUGCGGUACAAAAAUAACUAUGUACCAGAUUAUGUCCCUACCCCCCUCCAAAAUGAUAUCCACUACAAAACAGAUACCCUAGCGACCGACGGGCAUGAAUUCGGUCCCCCAUCACCCGAGCUCGACGCCGCAUGGUCUGAUAUGCUGCAGUACUCCAACAUCCGCCUAUCCAAAAAUGAACUAAGCGAUGGCUACCAUGAAAACCCAGCUCUAGCAGAACUAAGUGAUGUAUCAGGUAUAUACGGCUCAAUUGCGGUCUUCCAUUCCGUGCACUGCAUCAAACGGCUGCGGUACCUUUUGUACACGGAUCAUUAUCAUGCUAACGCGACGGAACGAGAGAUGUUUGAGUUGAAAAGGCAUGGCGAGCACUGCCUAAGCUACCUCCUCCAAUCCGCAAAAUGCAACGCAGACCUAACCGUCUUCCCCAUGCAAUGGGGUGAAAAAACCUGCAUACCCUUCGGGAUCGACCAAAGCUAUCACCAGUGCAAGGACUGGGACCAGAUCCAGGACUGGGCUAGAGAGCGGGGUUUUGAUAUCUAUGAGCCUGGGUUGCUCGUUCAUCCGGAUUAUGGGUGGGCGUAUUCGGAUGGGCUGAAUUGGGUUACAGGGGUGUCGGUUGGGGAUAAGUUGCUUGCUGAUAAGGUGGAUGAUGGUCAUUAG